AUGGCGCCUCAAACCUUCAAGCUGAACUCGGGAUACGAGAUCCCCGCUGUUGCUCUCGGCACAUGGCAGUCUGCCCCCGGCGAAGUCAAGGACGCCGUCUCCUACGCCCUAAAGAUCGGCUACAAGGCCAUUGACGGCGCCUACUGCUACGCCAACGAGGAUGAAGUCGGCGAGGGCCUCAAGCAAGCCUUUGCCGAUGGCGUCAAGCGCGAGGACAUCUUCGUCGUUACCAAGCUUUGGGCCACCUACACGAUUGGCGAUGACAGGGUCAAGGAGGGCCUGGAGAAGAGCUUGAAGAGCCUGGGCCUCGACUACGUUGACCUUUUCCUUGUUCACUGGCCCAUUGCCAUGAACCCCAACGGCAACCACGACAGAUUUCCCACCAAGCCCGACGGCUCCCGCGACAUCAUCCGGAGCCACUCGCAUGUUGACAUCUGGAAGUCGGUCGAGAAACUCCUCGAUACGGGUAAGGUCCGCUCCAUCGGCGUCUGCAACUACAGCGUGAGGUACCUCGAGGAGCUCCUCCCCCAGGCCAAUGUCAUCCCUGCCGUCAACCAGAUUGAGAACCACCCCAGUCUGCCCCAGCAAGAGAUUGUCGACUUCUGCAAAGACAAGGGCAUUCACAUCAUGGCGUAUAGCCCCCUCGGUUCGACCGGCGGCCCCCUCCUAACCGCCGACCCUGUCGUCAAGAUCGCCGAGAAGCGCGGUGUCACCGCCUCCACCGUCCUACUGAGCUACCACGUCGCCCGCGGCAGCACCGUCAUCGCAAAGUCUGUUACCCCGGACCGCAUCAAGGCCAACCUCGAGAUUGUCGAGCUCGAUGAGAAGGACCUGAAGGAGCUCCGCGCCUACUCGGACGAUCUGACCGCUAAGAAAGAGCUCAAGCGCUACGUUUAUCCCGCAUUUGGUGUCGACUUUGGCUUCCCCGAUAAGUCUUAG